UUUAACAGGGUUGACAACUCUAUUGUUGGUGUCGUAAACUUAUAACCUCUUAAAAAUUUAUUUUUCAGUGAUUUAUAUCAUCUUGACCUGAUUGGUGUAGAAAGAUUAAGAGAACGUUCUACACGGUUUUAACAAUUGACAAAGAAUUCUUUUACCAAAGUCUUUGGUUGAUUCUCUUGACACUGAGAUUGAAGGCAAAGAUUAUCACCUUUGAUGCGGCGAACUAACAUUGUGGAAUUGAUCUUCAAACUAAACAUCGGCUCAUCUAAUCUUCUUUGAAGUUCUUGACCAAAAAUAAACUCGUAGACUAGACAUUUUCCCCAUCUCGGAAUUUUUUCAUCCACGUUAUUUUAUAUAAUACGAGCUAUUUGAGGAGUUGAGAGGAUCUUGGCGAUAGAAAAUAUAUCUCGAGACGAGGAAGAGGAUGAAGAGGAAAGCUGUAGCUCGAAUAUCGGCGAACCGAAAAAACGUUAAUUUAUUCAAUGGCAAGAGAAAGACGACGUAGGGUGAAAAGCUUGAAAUGGAGGGCCAUUCAUCUAACUCUAGAAGCCAACUGAUGUGUAGAAUAAAAUCCAUAGUCCAGAGUUGUACAACUAGACAAGACGGUCAGUAAUGCAGUAAGACGAAGGGUUGAUUGCCUGUAGAGGUAGAGAGACAAGCCAAGAGGGAGUCUGACUUGUGGUUGUGUUCGGACCUUGGUCUUCAACAAACCCGGACGGUCCUUUUAAGUCUAGCGCUACCGCUUCGACGAUUGUAGCCGUGGCGGCAUCUUGACAUUCUACGAAGUAUCCAUAAACCCUAGCUGACCAGAAUUUUGAAUAAAUUUCAAAGUCAAAUGUGGUGAGAAAAUCAAUUCAAUGAUUUUUGUUUCACACGCUUAAGAUAUUCUUAUGCUUCGUCUAAGAAGUGUCGAGCGAGCAAACGAUAUUCGAAAAGUUUGACACUUCUUCCAAGUAUCUGCAUCACAUCAGCAUGGUGAAAAGUCUCGUGCGAGUUGUUUAACAUGAAAACCUGUCUACAAGCAUGCACAAAAUAUUUCACCAAUACAAAUUUAAUGAGCUAAAUUUUAAUGGUUUAUGACAUUUUUAACGGAGUUUAAAUUCAAGGUCUUUUAGAGGUUUAAAAAACUGAUAAAAAGCCACACUACUGAGUGUUACAUCUCACAUGUAAUAGCCAGAGGGAAUGCACAGAGAAAGUGCAUCCAAAAGAGAAGUGAGGAUGGAAGGGAUUAGUCGUCAGGGUAUUGUAGAGCAAGGUGAACAAGUCUCAAGUUGUUCGCGACGUAUGCAACUGACUCUGACUCUCAACUUUGUGAUAAUCAGCAAAGAAACUCAAUGCGAUUUUUGUUGCCAUUCACUUGAACGUAUAUUCAACUUGUUUGAUACAUUUAUCUCAUUAACACGUUAGUUGUUGGCUUUCAAAAGUCUCCAAAGUGUCUGAAUGAUCAAAGUAAAACAUGAGAAGAAGAAAAAGUGACAGUGAAAAUUAAUAGCUUUAUUGUGUAAAAACUGCGCGGUGAUAUUUCCGGUGAUUAUCACGCCUUGCUGGUGAUAGCAAUGAAAAACCGGUUGCGCGGAACGGACUCACUCUGAAGCUCUGAAUAACAUCAGUUGGUUGUUUGAUACAUUUUCAAGACAUAUUCAAACUUCUCUUCUUGGUGAUUUCCUCACAACCUUUAGUCCCAUCGUCGUCUCGUCCUUCCUUUCGCGCGAUAACGCCUAGCGCGCUUGUACACCAGUCUUGAUAUCCAAUUACACGCGCGAGUGAUGAAUAAGCUGAAGUAGUGACUCGAGGGACGAGUCAAGAGAAGCAACUUUUGUCAGUCAAACGCGAGUUCUUGUGUUCAGACUAUUGGACCAAUAUUUCACAUCAAAAACAAUGCCGGCAAUGCAAUUAUUUGGACGAAAAUGGCUGGCUGCAACUGAUGAUCUUGUGUAUCCAGGACUCUUUGAAAUAUUUAUUCGAGUUGUUUGGUUCGUCUUAAUAGGCAUCGCAUGCUUGAGAUACUAUGGUGAAACAUGGACGUGCAAAGUUGGUGGGGAACUUGUUAGAGUAUUUUUUGGUGGUGAAUUAGUUAUCCUUGGAGUAAUUACAAUUUUAGUAUUUGUUAUUGUUAAUCAUAGUGCUAGAGGAUCGAUUACUGAUACAUAUGCCAGAAGAUUUGUUGAACCCCUUCUGACAGUCAAGGUACUACUACUGCUUCCAGAAAUAGUUUGGAAUAUUCUUGGAACCCUCUGGAUUGUUGGCGACCACGUACAAUGCACUGACGAGUACUACACAAUAUCAGUGAUCAAAUCACUUGUAUUUUUCGAUUGGGUACUCAUUGGCCUUGCAAUCCUCGGCCUUGCCCUGGUCUUUGAUCCUCUUGGAUCGUUAAGCUACUCAGACAAACCUAUUGAAGACUCAAUUGAACAUGGAAAGAUCUCACGCAUUUGGCUUCGAAGAUUUAAGUACUUUUGGUGGAUGAGGAGAGACGAAAGUGCUACCGAAACCUUCCAACAUGUUGCUGGUUUAUUGAGCGCUUUGUUCAGGAGAACAGACCUCGUACCAUCGGACGUAGUUGCCGGAUGUAUUUUACUCCGCAUUCGUCAAAAAAGAGAGACAAUGGAGUUACGAAGGCUGAAUAUUCUGCAACGCCCAGAAUACACAAAUGAUGCUCGAUUAAUUUUUUCUUCAACACCUUCAUGGAUGUCAUUAGAAUGGGCUCAUCACUACAUGAAAUUAGCAAUUGCUUCCUAUGGAUGGCUGUUUGUAAUCUACCAGCACGCUUGCACUGGUUGCUGUAAGCUUUUUCGACAAAUGACUUGUUGCGCGUGCUUUAGACGACGCCAACAGAUUGUUUUAGAUGAUAAUUGUUGUCUCUGCAGUCUUGCUGGAGUGAAAUAUCUUUCGCAAUUAUCUGACGAUGAUAUUCUCUUUGCUUCUUUUCGGAAUCAUUUGUGUGAGAUUCCAUUCUGUGUGGUUGCCGAUCAUAAGACCGCAAGUAUCGUGAUUGUCAUUCGAGGUUCGCUGUCUUUAAGAGAUCUCAUCACUGAUAUUGCUGCAGCAUCUGAUUUAUUUGAACCAGAAGGACUACCUCAAGGUAGUAUGGCACACAGAGGAAUGAUAAUAGGUGCUAAAGUACUCUUAAAACAACUGGAUCAAUAUAAAAUUCUGGAAAAAGCCUUUGAAACAUAUCCUAACUAUAGCUUAAUAUUGACAGGUCAUAGUCUUGGCGCUGGUCUUGCAGUUCUUUUAGGCUUACUAAUUCGUCCUCGUUAUCCUAAUCUGCGAGUCUACGCCUAUGCAACUCCUGCUGGUCUACUGAGCAGAGAAGCAGCGAAAGUUACCGAGGAAUUUGUUCUGACAGUCGGUCUUGGUGAUGAUCUGGUGAUGCGACUGAGUGUCGACAGCACGGAGAACUUCCGAACUUCAUUAUUAAUCACUUUACAAGCUUGUAAGCUACCUAAAUACCGAGUGGUAUUAAAUGGAUUUGGAUAUGCUCUUUUUGGAGUACCUCAUAGAGAUCUUCAAAGAACAUGGAGAAGUGGGAAUACGAUAAAUUCGAUUCCUGGAUUACUUCCAUUGCUUGCAGAGGCACCUACGGUGCGCCAAACGGAAGAAAUGAUUUUCGAGCGUGAUGUGUCACGAAGAAGGUAUUCAAAAGUUCGAUUAUACAAUGCCGGUCGAAUUCUUCACAUAGUUCGAUGUAAACCACAAGAUAAUAACAGUAGUAAAAAACAAAAGAAAAAAGAUCGACGAUAUGAGAUGAGGUGGGCACAACCAGAAGAAUUCAUGGAAUUAUCAGUAAUGCCUCGAAUGUUACUUGAUCACUUACCGGAAAAUUUAGAAGCAGCUUUAGCGAUGUUAUUAAAACAACAAGAAGAUUUUCCAGUAUACCUUGAAUCAACGUGAGACAUUAGAAUAUUUUUUUAUUACUUUAGAUUAAUAUUUAUACUUAUAUUAGUUAGUAUUAAGUGUUUCAUUAUUGAAUAAUUAAUGAAAUGACGUACAUAUAAUUUUUUUACUGAAACGUGAUUAUUAUCAAAUACGAGUACAUAUUUUUUGAGAUUUUUUAUUUAAUAAAAUGAAUAUAAUAUUAAAUGAUUGCACGGACGUU